AUGUCUCACGCUGAGUAUUUCGACUCGUUUGAGUCUCCUAUGGAUUUCAAUACUGCAUUCGGCAUGUGGACAGCAUACGAUUCUUUCUCAUACUUUCCACCCCUUGAAGACUAUGAAAAUACGGUGGCAGGAGCUCCAACUCUUUACACGGGAGAAUACUUCAAUGAGGAGCAAGUCCUUCCUGUGGAAACUAUUGAAAACGCUGCGCAACCAACCGUUUCUUCGGAUGCACAUAUGACAGACGUUCGAGAUGAUCAUUUGUCGCGACAUGAAAGUUAUUUCCCUCCCUCUGAGAUCUUCCACCACCUAGCCCAGCCUAUAGAACAGUUCACGACCACCAUUCAUACUUUGACACAGACUCUAGAGUCCAAAAUGGAUGCAUUUAGUAGCCAUAUCGGACAGAUGGAAAUCCAGACGAACAAUCUAGACUUUCGGCUCGACAAGAUGAACAGCCGAUUUGAUAACAUGGACGGUCGAUUUGACCAUAUUGACAGUCGAUUUGAGGAGAUGGACAGUUGGCUUGCUAAGCUGGAUAGCCAGCUUGAUAGUAUGAACAGCAGGCUGGAGAAGAUGGACUACUUUGUGGAAAAGAUGGAUGCAAGUAUCACAACUCUGCAUGGUUAUCUGCUUGAAGUGGUCAAGCACGAGAAAGGAUUCUUGGAGAAAAUUACUGGUUUUCAAGACGUCAUAAAUAGCCAUUAG